CCGGCGUUUCCCAGGUCUGUUGUAGGUCAUAUCCGGUUAAGACUGAUCGUUUGACUGUUAACGGAAAUCGAGAGAUACAGACGGCGCGAUGGAAAGACGAAGGUUGUGUUUGAUUGCUUGGACCAUCGCAGCAGGUAUUGUGACAGGUGCUCUGUCCGGUUGUGACAGCCAGUGUGUUACAAACUCAAGGCCUGCACAUCUCAUCGCCAACCAAAACAAAACUUUGUCCUUCAGUGUCCAGUCCGUGGGAAGCCAUGCAAGCUGUGAGUGGCUCAUCAGCUCCAACACCAUCAACACCAGACUGCGCUUGACGGCGGCCAUCUUCAAUCUCCGAUCAAGCAACGGAACGUGUGUUGACAACUUCACAGUCUACGAUGGAAGUUCUUCCUCUUCCCCCGUCCUACUAUCGACCUGCUCCAGACCUAACUUUCCCAUCUACAGCAGCGGAAGUGACGUGCUGGUCUCGUUCACUACCGGAAGUGAUAACUUCGGCACAAGAAGCAACUUUACUGUCAACUACGAAGUUCUGAAGCUCAGCAAUGCCACUAUAAUUGACUCAGUCAAUGUAGAUAUUGGUGCUCUACACAUUUUUAAGUAUCCUGAAGGAUCAUCUCGCUAUCCCAACAACGCUAACCGUGGCUGGGUCUUUGACACCAACGACUCCCAGUAUGUUGUGCACGUCGUUGUCGCAUACGUCGAUGUUGAAACGGCUUCUACUGGUUGUAACUUUGAUUAUGUCGAGAUAUUUGACAGCUCAGUGGAAAACAGACGGGACAGACUGUGCGCACACUGA